UAAAACCUUUUGACGGAAGCGUUUUUAGUUUUUUUUUUUUUUUCCUCCCCUUACUUCACUACUCUGUGUUGGGACUCUUGUUGCUGCUCUAAGCACUGGAGGUUUGACUUUGCACUCCCCCCCUCCCCCAUGUGCAUGUGAGUGGGAAAUGUUCCAGUUUGGAAAAUACAAUUUGGACAUAAUAGAGAUGUUAAGUGGGCACCAGGCCCACCAGUUUAAAGGCCUUGGUUUAGACCGACAACUGCAGCAUCAGCAGCAAGUGCAACUCCACCAGCACCAACUACAGCAGCAGCAGCAGCAGCAAGCCGAGUCGUCUGGAGCUCUUCUGUCCGGACUUGGCUUGGGCCCCCUGCAGGGGUCAAGAGGUAACGCCUUUUCUGAUUCUGCCUCCAUUUUUGCCAAGAUGAGUGCCCCUCCUCCCCCGCCUUUACAACAGCAGCCUUCCUCAUCCCAGAGCUCUCGUUCAAAGUCAAGCAAGAUGAGCAGCAGCAGCAGCUCAAGCCAUUCUUCAGGCUAUCCACAGUUCCUGCGCUCUUUCCACCCGUCUGAGGCAGCACUAGCGCAGGAGCAGUUGCACCCGAGCGCAGGCCGCUUUGAGCACUUUGCCGGAGGAAGUAGCAGUAGUGCGAGUGCUGGGGGAUUAGGAGGAUUAGUCACAUCCGCACCUCCACCCCCACCUCCUCUGCAUCCCGGCCUCUCUGUCCCCCAAGCAUCAUCCGGCCCCUCCUCGUCCUCCCCUUCCCCUUCAACCUCUGUGGCCACCUCUAACAACCCUUCUAGCAGCAGUGCAGUCAGCUCCUUGGGACACCAGUUGGUUGGGGCCCAGUCUGAUGCACGGAGCCUCCACCAACAGUUUAGUUGCAUGCUAGCGGCGAAUCAGUACUUCCUUUCUGGGGUGCCCGCUAAUGCCAGUUUAGAGCAGUUUCUCGUUCAACAGGGUAGCCAUAACCAUUUAGGGAUCGGUUUAAGUCAGACCGGUGGGGAACCUAGCGCGAGCCUUGCUCCGCCCCCGGCGCUGCAUUCCUCUCACUCGCAUAGCCACUCGGCUUCGCAAUCGCAGCAGGCUCCGCCGCAGCCCGCCCAGCAGCAACAGCUUCCGCCUCACACCCUUUCUCAUCCUCACUCUCACUCUCAUCCUCACCACCCGCUGCACCCCGGCUCCCAGCCCUCGUCGCUGGGCGGCUUUGACUUUCAAGGCAUCCCUGUCCUCUCGACCAAUCAGAUUGCUUCACUGAUGCAGCAGGAAGGAGGUUUGCCGCUUCCCUUGCCACUUCAUCUGUCCUUGUCUAAGGAUGAUGGUAAAGUGGAAAGCACGGGUGGUGGAACCGGUAGCAGUAGCACGAGUAGCAGUAGGAGGAAGAAAGCGAUGGCUGGCUAUUUGCCCCAGCGAAAAUCGGAAAGCACUAGCAAUGGCCCCGGCAGCCACGGUAACCCUAGCGCGAGUGGUAGCAAUGGAGCACUUAGCCAUAGUCAGCCCCCGGCUUUAAUUGGAAGUGGGGUGGGCUUAUCCAAUCUGGGCGGAGACCCCUCAUCCCUGCUUGCUUCAUCAUCUUCAUCCUCAUCCGUAGUUUCUUCUUCCUCCUCCUCUGCUCCCUCUUCCUCCGCUGCCUCAGUACUGGUUACUAACGAGUCUCUCCUUUCUAAAUCUGAUAACCUGGGCUCCAUACAAGCUAACACCACAGAGUCUGAUACCGAGUCGAUUUAUAGCUGUGGAGAGUGUGGCAAAAGCUUCCCUCACCUUUCCAGCCUGCGCAGGCAUAUGCGUAUGCACGAGCCAACUGCAGCUGGCACGAGCAAAUCUGCCACGACUUGCCCAAAUCCCGUGCACAUUAAAAGUCAGUCCGACCCGACCCUGCCCCAUUCGACCCAAGAAACUCCCCGGCCCUUGUCCAAUUGUUGCCCGAGCCCAGACAAAAUAUUUCAUUGCCCCGAUUGUGGGAAAGGCUUUAAGAAAAAAGGACACCUCCUGCAACACGGUGUUCUACACUCCUCGGCCCGCCCGUAUGGCUGCUCCACCUGCUCUCGGGCUUUUAAUCGUAGGGAGUCACUGACACGGCAUGAGAAGAUACAUGAGGAAAAGCCAUUCCGAUGUCCUGCCUGUGGUCGUGCCUUCCGCGAGAGCACCUCUCUACUCAACCACGCUGCCUCAGGCACCUGCGGCAAGCCAGGUAGGGGACCCAAACAACGAGGCGGCAAGCCAGGAAGCAAUGGUGAGGACAGGAUAGGGGGAGGGAGCGGAGGAGGUAACGGAGGAGGGGGAACUUAUCCGAGCAAUAGGGGGGUCAUUUAUGGGAAAACGGAGGAGAAGGAGGGUGUUAUCAUUGUUGGGGAAGGAGAGCAAAAAUCAGGUGUAGGAUGUGAUCUGUUUCAGUCUGCAAGGGGAGGGAAUUCAAAUGACAGGGACAGAGCCGAUGGUAAAUACCCCACUGACUACUCUCGGAAUCGUUACACAGGCUACCAUGAAGACCACCGUUCUCAAGGUAAUCCGUCUCCAUGCUACUCUGGCGCAUCCCCCUGUGGAAGCGGGAUGGCCGGCCCAGCUCUGAGAAAGGCACCCCUGGCCCCAACACUGCAUCCGCACUCUCAGAGCCACAACCAGCACCAUCAUCCGCAGCAGCAGCCGCAGCCGCAGCAGCCCCACCUGCCCCUCUCCUCUCUACUGGAUGACUCAGAGGAUGAUGUCACUAGCUCCGUCAAUAAUGCAAUCUCCGCCAUCACUGCGGCAACUGGAAAUAGAGACGACAGGGGCGACAUCAUAGGAGGUCUACUCGGUGGGCUUGGCCUCGGCCCCCUGGGUUCACCCUCAACCUCUGGCAUGGACAAGAAUUUCCGAGGUGGCGGCAACCAGGAGGCGUUGAGCAACAAUCCACAGAAUCCCGCCGCGAAGCCCAAACGUCCCCGCAAACCCAGAGCCAAGAAGGACCCAUCGGCCGAUGGGCAGCCCCCCAAACGUAGGCAGUACACGCCGAGGAUGGGAACCAGCGGGCUCCCUCGCACUCACCUCUGCAGUGUCUGCGGGAAGGGUUUCGCACGCCGCGAGACUCUUCGCAGGCACGACCGCAUACAUACCGGAGAAAAGCCUCAUCACUGCACGGUUUGCGGAAAGUAUUUUCGGGAGGCUUUCCACCUUAGCAAGCACCAAACGGUUCACUCUGGGGCUAAGAAUUACAAAUGCAGCAUCUGCGGGAAGGAGUUUGGUUACUCCCAGAGUCUCAGGCGGCACAGCAAACUCCACCAGAAGGGGGAGAUUGAAGAGGUGCCCGCAACGCCUGCUCCGGAGAACAUGAAUAGCUUUAAUCCCAACCCUCAAUGCGGUGUGACCCAAGACGGCAGCCAGAACCAAGUACCAAGCACCUCCUCCUAUUAUUCCUACCCUCAAGAUGUCAAGCCUCACGAUUCGCAGCCUCCGGCUCGUCUCUACACCUGUGCCAUCUGCUGGAAGUCGUUCCGCCACCACUUCCACCUGACCGCUCAUCACCAGACGGUUCACGAAGGAGGGGGCGAAAAGCAUUUCUGCUGCGAGGUGUGCGGUAAGGCCUUUGCUUACUCCAACAGCCUUACCCGACACCGGCAGUCCCAGCACGGAAUCACCCGCGGGGAGCCGUCGAACCCUCAAGAAGGCGGCGGCGGCGGUUCUGCGGACAACAGGGGAGGGAGCGAUGUGAACCAGUCGGCGUCCGAGAGCGAGGCUGCCACCAAUGCCCUGCUUCAGAUGGCCCCGGCCACCGACGGCCACGGGCCUCCGAGUCUGAACGUUGUCACUCACGGCCACCAACAGGCGCCGCCGCAGGCACCGGCUGGUUAUUCGCCUCUCUUUUAUGACGCGACGGCAGCCCAGUCGUCGUCUUCCGGCGCCCAGUCCUACUCGCAGCCUCUGCCCCCCAAUUCCACCGUCAUGCCGCCCCACCACCCGCACUCCCCCGCCGGGGUGAAAGGGGAGCACAUCUAUCCGGCCGGAUCCCGCAGCCGCACUCUACACACCACGGCCCCGUUCCAGCCCCUCACGGAACUGCCCUCCACCGAACAUCACCAUCUACAUCAUCAUCAUCAUCACCCCCACCUUCAUCCUCCUCAUCAUCAGUCAGGUGUCCAGCCCCAACAACACCUCGACUGCAGCAACCCGUUGCCGCACGAUGAGAUCAGACGACACAAGAAGAAAAAAAAAAAGUCCGAUAGGAGAGAGCGGCAGGGAACAACUCAGUACGAAUCCCAAGACGUAGUCAGAUUUGACGGCGGCCACAAGAAGAAAAAGAUAAGUUGCACGGUCAGGGGGCAGCCGAACAAAAAACAAGUCUCUCUUCGCUUGACAAUUAGGCGGGGAGAAGGAUCUGGCGGCGGUGGGUAUAAACUUGUCCACACCGCGGGCGUCAAGGUUCAGGUCCUGUCGUCCUUAAAAGUUCCCGUGAAGCGUUUUGGCUGUCCUAUAUGCCCCGGUUCGGUGUUUUCCCGCAAAGCGGGUCUGCUCGUCCACAUGUCAAUUAGACACCCACAAAAAGCCCAAAGCACUCGAGAGCGACUUCGGUGCAGUGUAUGUGGGAAGCAGUCUCAGAGGCCCCUGGCAGCUUUUGUCCAUCGGGCUUCUCAUCGCGCCAGAGGGACCUUCUCCUGCCAGUGCUGCUCGGCUCGCUUCUGGAACGCCGUCCUCCUCCGAAGGCACAAGGGCUCCUGCAGCCCCGUGGCGAAGGGAGCGCGGCAAGGCGAGGUGAAGAAGCCAACGCUCUUAAAGAGACCGAGAGAAAGACAGCCCCGAGAUGGUGCUCAGGGUGACACGCCGUACCACCCGCUGGGAUCGUACAGAUACUGAGCAUCCUGGUGCCCGGCCCCCCCCGAUGACAAGAAAGGGACUUGGAAAAAGGAAUAGGUUUGACACUCUGCUGAGUUGAGGACUGAGUGUGGUAACAACUACUGUAAAGCAUCCAAUGAAAUCACCUGAAAUGCUUCCAGAUUCUUUUGGAAUGUCUUUCAAAAAAAUGUGACUGUUUCCAUAGGAUCACUAACCCCUUAAGUGCAUUGACACUACGCUCGGCAGACACUGUGCAGUCACUAGGCAAGUUUAGAUAACCUUCCCUGCACACGUAUCGCUCCUAUUCUAACCCGCACAGCUUUUUUUUUUUUUUUUUUUGCUGUACGAUAAACUGUGUCUCUGCUGUGUACUUUGUAUGGUUCAUGUAGCACCUCUGAGGAUUUUUAUUUUAUAUUUUAACAUGUAAAGUGCUUUUUUAUUAGGAAUAGGGACUUUGGGAUGAAGACAUUUGUUGAUAGUCUGUCAGUGCAUGUUUGUUCUCCGGUCAAGUUUUUUGCUGAGAUGAUAUGUGAUGGCUUAUUCAAGUAUAUCCCGGAAGUUUGUAGUGUAAAUUUGAUAUACACCCUAGUGAUUAUAAUCA